GCGGAGGCACUGCCGCAGCUUCCCCACUCUUCUAAACUCUCUCUCUCUCACCGCGCAGUGCGACGGUCAAAACCGGCGCACCAAUGCGGUCACUAAAAACGCUCCUUUCUCUCUCCCUCCUAAUUCUCCAACUUCCUUUCUCCAUCUCCGUACACACCAACUCAAGGAGGAACUACGAUUCCCAUGCGUACUACGUGGUCGAAGUCGACCCGGGACACGCCUCCCUGGGUGACGUCGCGCGCGUCCUGGGCGUGGAGGUCGUCGACAGGGCCGGGGAGCUCCCGAAUCACUGGCUGGUGCGGACGCCGCGGAUCGCUGCGCGGGCGGAGGACGAGGACGAGCCGGAUUAUGUGAUGGCGGCGUAUGCGCGGCUGAGUGCUGGGCAGCCGCAUCUGCAGAGUCGCAGUGAUGACGGUCGCGACGGCGGCGAUGGCGAUGGUGGACAGCUGCAUCUGCGUACGGGUCGGGCGAUCAAAUACCUCUCGCGUCAGGUCCCUCGACAGCGUGCACGACGUGCGCCGAUUCCGCAGCAGCCGACCGGUGGUGAGGACUCGCGGGCGGUGGCGACGCGGCUCGGCUUCCAGGACCCGCUGUUCACGCAGCAAUGGCAUCUGGUGAACGACGAGCAGCCCGAGCACUCGAUGAACGUCGUCCCCGUGUGGGACAUGGGCUACACAGGCGAAGGCGUCAUCUCGUCGUUUGUCGACGACGGGCUGGACUACACGUCCGAGGAUCUGAAAGACAACUUUGAUGCGGCAUCCUCAUACGACUUCAACGACCACCAAGCCCUGCCGUACCCGAAGCUGUCUGACGACACCCACGGCACACGAUGCGCCGGGCAGGUCGCGGCUGGGAAGAACGCUGUCUGCGGCUUGGGCAUCGCGUAUAAAUCCAAAGUCGCAGGCGUGCGCAUCCUCUCCGGUCCGAUCUCGGACGUGGACGAGGCCGCGGCGCUCAACUACGGUUACCACAAUGUGUCGAUCUACUCGUGCUCCUGGGGCCCGACGGACUCUGGCGCUGUGAUGGAGGGACCUGACUAUUUGAUCCAGAAAGCUGUGGUGAACGGAAUCAACAACGGUCGGGGCGGGAAGGGCUCUGUUUUUGUGUUCGCCUCGGGCAAUGGCGCGAUGUCGGGCGACCAGUGCAACUUCGACGGUUACACGAACAGCAUCUACUCGGUUACUGUCUCUGCCGUGGACCACAAGGGACUGCGCCCGUAUUACUCUGAGGGGUGCACUGCUAACAUGGUGGUCGCCUAUAGUUCCGGGAGCGGGAAAACGAUCGUCACCACCGACAAAGGAGAAAACCAAUGCUCGUCCGCGCAUGGCGGCACGUCGGCUGCCGCGCCGAAUGCUGUCGGGGUGUUCGCGCUUGCACUGCAAGCGAGACCCGAGCUGACGUGGCGGGAUGUCCAGCAUCUGUGCGUCGAGACGGCCCGGAUGAUCAACCCGGACGACGAGGACUGGGAAGUGACUGCGUCCGGGCGCAAAUACAGCUCCAAGUUCGGGUAUGGUGCUUUGGAUGGCGCCCGCUACGUCAAAGCUGCACUGGACUGGAAACUCGUCAAGCCCCAGGCGAGGAUGGCAACGCGGACGGUCCAGGUGGAUGGCGGGUUGAUGAGCUCGAUGGCCAACUACACCGGUGGCAAGGCCAUCGGGGCUGGGGGAGCGUCGAGUGUCAUCUCUGUUGACUGGGACAUGCUUCAUGAAGCGAACUUUGAGAAGCUGGAGCAUAUCGUUGUGCGAGUCUGGAUUGAUCACUCGCGACGAGGGGAUGUCGAGGUCGCCCUAACCAGUCCCAAUGGAAUCAAGAGCGUACUGGCAGAGAAGCGACAAGGGGACGGCGCAAGGACUGGGUACCCCGGCUGGACUUUUAUGACCAUCAAACAUUGGGGCGAAGACAUGGUUGGCGACUGGACUUUGAGUGUGACUGACCAGCGCUCAGAACAGCACCAUGGGUCGUUGCUUGGAUGGAACAUGGUCUUCUGGGGAUCCGUCGUCGACCCUCUCAAAGCUGUUCUGUACGAUCUGGUGGAUCAACAGCCUCUUCUGCCUCCGAUUGGGCCCGAUGCUGUGCCCAAGGCAUCGUCCAAUUCAGGGCCUGCCGGUGCUACUGCCACGACAUCUGUUGCCAGCACCAAGUCGUAUGUCAAGCCGACGGUGCAUCUGACGUCGGAAGAGGCGCUCGCGACCCCGACAUCGUUGACAGCGACGGCGACCGGCUCCUCGACGGCUCUCUUUACUCCAGGCGCAGUCGACGCAGCAGAAGCGACUUCGUCUGCCAAACCCUCCGCCUCCCCCAGCACUUCCAACGUCACGAAACUGUUCCAGGCGAUGCAGCGAAAACUCGUCUGGGCCAUCAUCGUGCUGACGCUCGUCUGCUUCGUCGGUGGCAUGAUGCUCUGGAACUGGGCAGUCAAGGCGCGGCCGACGGUGUACCUCGCGCUCCCGGAGGGGAACGUGCCGAUGCAGAUGAUCUCGCCGCUGCCCGACCGGCGGUCCUUCGGGUCCAUGGACUCGGACGAGGCCGAUGAGCGCACGGGCCUGCGCACCGGGCCGUACCGGCACGUGGGAUUCCAUUCGGGGUUCCUGGAUGACGACGAGGACAACGGCACGCCUGGGUAUCCGCCGAGAGAUGGCCGCUCGUCGCCGGGGUAUCGCGACGAGGCGGCGGCGCCGUCAUAGACCAGCUGUAUAUUCUAUAUCUAUUAGUAUAAGGGAAGGAUUAAUGACCCACCGUGGACGCGUCCUGUCACAUACACGUGACUCGAUCUCGCGAAAGGAAGUAUGUUCCAAGAGGCUAACUCCAUGCGAUUUUUGCUGAAGUCUUGUCCGCAAAUUGUGCAUUUGGAGCUGUUUAUGUCGCGCACGCUCUCCCUAUAUCAGCCGCUCAUUCGCGACAAAGAGGCCUUUGGAAUCCCG